AUGGCAACGACGAAGAAGUCCACAGUACGGAGCCACGGCGCAAAAGCAGCCCUAACGUCGCCCAGCGAUACCUUGGAAAGUAAUCAAACCAAAUUACGAGCAGACCACGGACUGAGUCGGUUUCGAAAGAGCAACAAGGCAUUUCAACUUCAUACCUGCAUCACUCCUCAUUCCUUGACUCCUGACAGCUUAAAAAAGGAGGCCGUCAUCCUUUCUUCAUCCCGCUUGUACCAAGACCGUGUAAUCAACGAGAGACACAACAUCAUCAGCCCCGAAAUGGAAGACGUUGCUACCGCAAAAUACCUAAACGAAAAGGAUAUAUUUGACUUAGGUUAUGACACAUCUUCCAAGACAGUCGAGAGUCAGGUGUUUCAGAUGUGUCGAGAUGAUUGUAAAAUCCCCCCUUUACGAAUGAGCGGAGGCAGCAGUACGGGUUCUAACUCAGGCAACGCCGUUGUCAAUGGCAGAAGCGUUUGGAGCAGCGGUGGAGUAGUUGGAAGUGGCGGGGGAGGAUGCGGUAGUAAUAACGGUGGAGGAAACAGUAACGGAGGCGGAGUAGGAAGUGGGGGAUGCAGUAAUAGUGGCGGCGGAGGGGGUAGUAAUAGUAGUGGUGGCAGCAAUGGGAGUACUGUUGGCGGUGACGGUGCUGUUAACGGCGGCGGAGGAGGCGGUAAUGGUGGUGGUGGUGGCGGCGGUGAACCGUGCAGUUCGUAUUCGGACAAUGAGAAGCAGUUGAUUGAGGAGAUUACUCGGAUCAAAAGGGAACAUGAGAACGUUCUCCGGACUUACGAGGACCGGAUCAGCCGGAUGACGGCCAAGAUGCACGAGCUCCGAAACAUCGCAGAGAUGCUGGAGAACUCUAGCAAUAAAUCCCUGCCUUACGGCGUCAUUCAAGGCAAGAGCGGACAGACGUCACACAAUGGUCAGUCCAACCACCACCCCCACCAGCUGCAGCAACAGCACCAUCACCACCUAAAUCAUCAUAAUCAUAAUAAUCAACACCAUCAACAUCAACAAAAUGGAAAUUCGUCAGUCACGUGCCAUGCACCAGGUCAUUGCACUGAUCCAGAGACCAAAUCUUCAACCCAAAAUACUGACAAAACCGUGCCGCCUCCACUUCCUCCCAGAAAUGAUCGGGGUACGGCGAAAGUAUACCCGAAUAAACCUUUAAUUUAUAAUAAAGUAAAAUUGACACAGGUACCAUGGACGAGGAUUAUCACUAACCCUGACGAUGAAAAUAUGAAGGGUACGAUAUGGAAUACUCUCGGCGAAACAGAUAUCGACACACAAGAAAUUGAUCGAUUCUUUGAAGAAUAUCCCACAAAAUCGACUGUUUUUAUCCAAAGCCUAUACGACGACGUAUCGCUGCGAUGUGGAACACUGAAACCACAGCCAAUCAGCAUUAUUGAUUCGACCAAGUGUCAACAGAUGGCGCAACAAAUGAAACAAGUCAGGUGCACUUUUAGCGAUGUGGUGCACGCUUUACUAACUUUAUCAAUAGAAACUCUUCGGUUUGCCAAUGCAGAGAGUUUAUCAGAGUUGUUCCAAUUGAUGUCGUCUGGUAAUGAUAUUGAAAUCAUUACUCAACAGGACAGACGCAUUUCUAAUGUCCAAAUGGAUUGUCCUGAGUACUUCUUGUACGAACUGUCAGGGAUGGAAAUGCUGCGUGAAAGGUUGGACUUUCUUCGCUUCAAAUUGCGUUUUCUUACCGAUUUGUUUGAGACUGAUCAAAGGCUACGAGCUGUGAACGCGGCAUGCGAUGAGUUAUAUAACAGUCUCCCUUUGAAAAAUCUCUUAGAGGUUGUGGUGUGCGUUGGUAACUACAUGAACGGUGGAACACCUUUGGGCCAAGCUGAUGGCUUCCACUUGGACAUUCUUCCAAAACUGAAAGAUAUUUUAGCCAAAAACAACAAAUCAAAUUUUCUGGAGUAUGUCUUAACCACUUACUGCCAGAAAUUCGAGAAUGAACCAGGCUUACAAACUAACAGAACUUUUCGACUUCCUAACGCCAUAGUUGUGCGUUAUGCUUCCCAAAUUUCUUUCGAUGAGAUGCAGAAGAAUCUCCAGGGCUGGAAGAAUGAACUAAUUAACACACGGAACAAAAUCCAUUCCAAUUUGGCCAUCAGUACGAGUAGACAGGUCGAGGGCUUUCGAAAUGCAGUCGACUAUUUCCUCAGUGCAGGUAUGGAGACAAUGGAGGAACAAAAAAAAUUCUUGUACGAUACAAAAGAUUAUUGUAUAAAACUUCUUUCAUAUUUCUCCUUUGAGAUGAACGGCCAGGGAUCGAUCCAGCAGUUCUUUUUAAUGUGGUCCCAGUUUCUCCAUGAAUGCAAGCACUAUUGGAAAAUCUCUCACCAACGCUUGGCAGAGGAGCGUUUUCGUAAAGGGUUGAACCAGAAAAUCAAAAUGAUGAAUAUUAACAACAUGGAUAAAUUUACCAUUCCUUCUAGCUGUCCAGACCUUCCCCCAAGAAUUCGAAAGCCAAAAUCCUCAACCGAAAAACAUCCACCGCCUCCCAUCAACAUAACACACAAAAAAUGGGAAGACGUGAGUAGUGAAAACCUGCGCCUGCACCAAUUGGGAACGGCGUCCCACAAUCAUCAGAACGGAUGUAGUAAUAAUGAUACGAGCAAUCAGUUCCACCAUCAGCACCUGUCCUCGAGCACGCUGCCCACGUCAAGUCAGUCGAACACCAACAGUCAGCAUAGUCAGCAUAGCCAGCAUAUCAAAGCCUACAAGAGCAGAGAGGAUCUGCACGAUUUCCACGCUCAGCCUUCACCCAAGCCUCUCACCUCCCGACCGCCGACUACAUCGGACAUUCACAAACCAAAGCCGCUCAAUCCUGUGCCGACCAGUCACGAAGGCAGUCCACUGCUCGGACUUUGCCACAAGCCACCGAUGACCAACAACGUUGCAUCCCACAACUAUAUGAAUCAGAGCCCGCUUGCUGUUCGACCGACCAGCUCUCCGGUAGUCGCAAACUCGGGGACGACCACCAACCCUAUGGAAGUCGCCGAGGUCGCGCCUAAACGGCCACCACCACCUCAUCUCCAUCAUCACCAAGCGAACACUCUGACAUCACGUGAGACCACCGGUGUUGCUGUCCCAUCAACCGCAACAACACCGAUGGUACACAGUGUCAGCAAUAGCAACAGCAGCCACCAUCACCAUCACUCUUCUUCGACGGGCACAAGCGUCAGUAGUAGUGGCGGGACCAACAAAAACGGUACUAACAACAACGGUACAACAAUGAACGGUCACCUUGAGUCAACAGUGCAGAAAAAAUCUACACACCAACUUUUCAAGUCUUGGUUAAAACGGGAGCAAACGAAGACAAACAGCGGCGAGCAAAGUACUUUAAGCUGUAAAUUAUCGUCUAAUGAUAAGUCGAAGGUGACCGCUUUCAAGCCGGUCGGUCACGGCGCAGAAGAGCCAGUAAGGGCACCAAAGAUUUAUACCAGAGCGAAGACAUCGCUAUCAGAUAAUCGAGAUGGUCACCACAGUUCUCACGAUCUAACUUCAUCGGGAAAUAGUUCCAAAAGCGGCUCGACUUCCAGUGGCCAAGAACUCGGUAAUUCCAACGCGAAACAAUGUCAGUCUCAUUCUAACUCUUCCACUAAUAGACACGGAUCGAAGGACCAACUAUACUCGCCUCGCUACGAACAGAGUCCAGUGUCAAACAGCGAAAAGCUAACAACACUGACAAGCGAGAAAAAACCUGCGAACGGAGAAGAGAACUCACAGCACCAGACAUCGAGAAACCACUACCAGCAUUUCAGUGGGCCUUCGUCUCCACAGAAGAGUGCCUCAGAUUCUGGUCCCUGGAACAACGGACAUUUGCCUCUCACUUCCACGUUAACCUCAUCGGCAUCCUCUCACAGAAACUACCAAAAUGACGUAGAGCUUAUUACAAGCUCCUCGACAACUCCGAAAUCUUACACAUCAAAUAACCAACUGGGGCAGCAGUACCAUAAUAUCAACGGUAGCAAUUCGAACAAUAAACCAAGGGACCGCGCGCCUAUAGCUUUGGGUGGCAAUGUAGGCAUCUCAGAUAUUCACCGGUCAGAACUCCUGGCGAAGAACGGGGUCACCGAUUCGGUCGGCUGUGAUCGAACUGUCGAGAAAGUUUCCAGUCACCCUGUACCCACUGGUCAUAGUCAUUCGAAGAGUAACAGCGCAACGGUUUCCAGUAUGGGGAGUUACGCCCAUGAGAUUCAAACUAAGAGUCGAAAAUAUUUCACGACAAAUGCAGCCCAACAAUCGACUACAAAUAACAUGAGUGGUGUUCUUGGAUGCAGAAGCCAGAGUAGUCAUAUUCUCAAGAAUCUGUCCGGAAUUUCGUCAGAUCCCCGCGGGGGCGGAACGCAAGGAAGUUCUCUUGGCAGCAGUGGUAACACUAACGGUAACAGCGGCCAACACCGAAGUUCCAGCGCUUACAGCUACUCCCAGAAAAUGGCCCGAGAAGAGGCAGCGGCGGCUGCUUCCACAAGAACAGGCCACCACACUGAAGGGCGCUCUUCAAAGCUAGUCGCAGCCAAUGGCGACAGGCUACCAACGAGUGCUCCAUCAAUCAGUUCCCUGAUUGAACGCUUCGAGAAAGUUCAGUAUGUAGGUGAUUCGUCAGUCAAGAACACGUCGUCAAAAACGAAUGGAGCUAACAACUGUAAUGUGAAACAUAUGGCAUUGGCCUCUACCCCAGUUUCCUCUCGAAAAAGACUUUUCGGUGAAGUAGGCGGUACCACUUCGACGUCAACAACUCAUGCAGGUACAAAUAAAUCAAAAAGUAACGUUGAGGAUGCAGACAGCUCUGAAGACGAAUACGCCGUUCAACUUGACCGGUCUGUAAGUCCCCACCAAAAUCUCAACUCAGAAGAUUCAAACAGGAGGCAGAGAUAUCAGACGAUGGAUCUUGCCAAUAGAAGAAAACCUGUUCAAAAUGAAUACUCACCUGUUAAUGACGAGAAUGCAAACUCACUCCUUCCUGCCUCUUACGACACGGAUAAUUUCGAUCCAACCAAUGACUAUACACAUCAACUGAGGGAGUCGUCCAAAUCCAGUAAUAUUUUAUCAGAAAGAUAUCCCAAUAUACAACAAGCACCUGAACGACCACCUCCCUUGGUGACAUCAUCAACUGCUAUGGCAUUAGCCAAUCAAAAAGGACAAAAUAAAAGAGUCAUCCGAGCGCAUGAAAAUAUGGCUUACAUGGCUGUCUGA